CGGAAAUGUCGUAGUUGUAUCAUGGCGGACCAGAUGUGACAACAGAGGAGCUGCUUUCUGUCACAACCUCACUGUUUGUCCGUUUAGUUUGAUUAAACUGAGCUGCUUAUAGAAAGUCAGGGAGCUUGAGGAGAUAAGUUGCGUUGCUGGUCCUUGUGUUGCUGGUUGCCGUGUUGCUGGUCCUUGUGUUGCUGGUUGCCGUGUUGCUGGUUGCCGUGUUGCCGGUUGCCGUGUCGCUGUCCUGCAGGUUGGAGAUGUGCACCCAGACCAAGGCUGCAGCCCUCAUGGCCAACAUCCCGCUGGCGGACAUCGACCCGUCCGGAGUCUUCAAAUACGUCCUCAUCCGGGUCCACAGCAAGGAGACGGACGACGACGCAGAGGUGGACAUAGUCCGGGGAUACGGCUGGGCCGAGUACCACGCUGACAUCUACGACAAGGUUUCAGAGGAGCUGGAAAGAAGCGGGGACCUGGACUGUGAGUGUAUCGGAGGAGGGAGGAUCAAACACGAUGCACAGGCCAAGAAGAUCCACGUGUACGGAUACUCCAUGGGAUUUGGAAGAGCAAACCACGCCGUGUCGACUGAGAAGCUCAAGGCUCGGUACCCAGACUACGAGGUGACCUGGGACAAUGAAGGAUACUGACAUGAACUGAGACUUUGAGUCUUUCCUGGAUACAUUUUUUUAUUUCUCCUGGACUGCUGUCGUACUUUUAUGCAAUCAUCAGAACCACAUUAAUGAUACACAGUUAAGCUCUACAUGCACUGACAGGACUAAUUAGCAUUCAUAGUUUUUUUAUUGAACUAAUUGAGUUAAUAAGUGUCAAAUAAGGGUCUUUUUCCCCACAUUUGUACUCUAUUUAGAUCUAAAAAGCCCCUUACAGUGUAGUUUGGUAUUCAAGUUUUCAACAUUGAAACCUGUUUUGCAGAGGGACCAUCACUCACUGACUUGUUUUAGAGUCACAUAGUCUCUUCAAUUUGACCUCAUCCCCAAGAUAUAUUAAACACUGACCCUUACAUGCUUCGUUGUGACGUCUGUUUCAUAAAUGUUUCCUCAAAUCUGCCCUUUAAGCCGUGUACGUUCCUUCCAUUGCCGGUAAGAGACGUGAAAACGCCACAUGUCGCUGCUUAUCUGACUUUUUACAGCAGCCGUGUUCCAGCCGGCCUCCCAACUGUAAACUGCUGUUUAUUGUGGCCUCGUUUUAAUGCCGGCAGAUUACGGCAAGCGAACCUGGUGAUCUUGAAGACGUGCGCUGUGCUGAAGUAUUUUAAAUUAUACUGAUAAGAACGUAGCAGGUACGCAUAAAUUGAUUUGUUUUGCUGAGCUACUUCCUAAUUGUUGAUACAGCACUGACAUAAAACUUUCUAAAGUUA